AAUGUUUACCAAAUGAGCGUCGACAAUUACGCGACCAAUUGACGAGAUCGUGUGUGUUGUUGUUGUUAUCCCCCCCAAUCAAACGAGAAUAUGUAAAAAGGAGGCGACGCGCGGCGAAAAAAGGAAUUUUUUUGUGUACUACAGCGGCGUUUUGUUGUUGUUGCUGUUGGCGUUGGCGUCGUGCAUUUGCUUUUGUUUUGUACCUCUCGGUGCUGGUGUUGGUGUGUGUGUGUUUGCGUCUGUGUUGUUGCUGUGCUUGUGAUUGGAAAAAAUAAGUAAGAAAAACGCCGGAAAACAGCAAAAAAACCAAAGCGAAACUAAGGCUGGCGCUCAAGAAGAAACAAAGUAGGAAAAUUGCCCAUUUUCCAGUUUCCCUUUUGCUGCGUGAAAAGUGAAAAGUUUAAUUUACUAAACAAAGCGGCAAACAGUAUGCGUGUGGCUGUGUGGGUGUUUGCGUGUGUGUGAGUGUGUCUGUGCGUCUGUGUCUCUAGUUUUUGCAAUUCCCACUGCACACGCUCUUUCGUGUUGGAUUAUUGGAUUAUACCGCCAAUAACGGCACACGCACAACAACAACAAAAGCACGGCAAAUUCCAACAACAAGAAAAAGCUAUAAAAAAAGGAGAGCGCAGACGACGCUGGGAUUAAUCAUUAAUGUCCUGAGAGAAAGAUAAGGAGCAACGUGGAAUCUAGAAAAAGGAAACAGAAGAGGAAGCAGCAGCAGACGGCAACAAGAAGAAGACGGCAAAAGAUACAAGUCCGUUUCACUUCUGCUGCCUCCUGCUGAAUCCUUGGUCCUUUCGUGCGUCCCUUUCUGCUAAUUGCUUUGUGUGCCAGGCUACUUUCUCCUCCUCGCUAAGCAGGCCAGAUCCUUCUACACUCAAGGCUCAAGAUACUUACGCCAGAGGACGGAGCGAUACGGCCGAUACGGAGCGAUACCUGAAGAACUGCAGAGCUGCAGCUGCGGUGUGCAUUUUCCCUCGAAGCAUCAUCCACAAUUAGCGCCAUCGGAGCCGAGGAGCCAAGUAGCAACCAAUGGAACAUGUUGAUGCCGGUGCGGGAGUACAACAAGCACAUAGCCAAAAUACCAAAUUGCAAGAUGAGGCAGCGGCCAGCGCUUAGAGCGGCGUUCGUCUGGAUGUGCUCGCUUCCGUUUUUGCUGCUGCUGCUAGUGCUGCUCCUCGACGUGGCCCAGGCUCUGGAUCCAGCGGCCAGUGGAGCCGGGAGUUCAGGAACUGGAGGAGCAGGAGGUGGUGCUACUUCUACUGCCGGCGGAAAUGGCGGUGCAAGUGGAGGCAGCCUGAGCAGUGGACCGCCCACACUCAUUGCCAAUCUCACGGAACAGGGCAGUCCCGGUGUGUAUAAUUCGACAAUGGGUUAUAAUGCUAAUUACAUGUAUAUAUAAUAUACAUAUAUAUGGCGUUUAUGUGGCUGUUUAGCUGACCUUUGUAACUUUUAAUACCCCUCCCAUAACGAAAGCGAUGCCGCCAUUUUGGCAUUUGAAGGCAGGUUUAUGCCAGGAAAAUAUGAUGAAAACAGCAUAUAUAUUUUUUAAAUUCAACAAAUAGUGGUCUAAAUUAUAAAAUUGUACAUCUGUAAAGUGACCAAAGCUAUCAAAAUUUUCUAUACGGCAAGGCUUCUCCUAAUGUUUCUUUAUAAAACAUCAUUAAAGAGGCAAAACAAGUGGGUUCUUACUUACUUUUAAAAAUAUUUAAAAAUCAAGAAAUGAUUUCGAAAUAUAAAAGCAAACCUUUAUAUCCAAAUUGCGUGACCAGAUUUUCAGAAUUCACCAAGGUGGCAACCUUAUUCCUUGUGUUUUUCACGAACUCGGUCACACUUAAUUUGGCUAAUUUCAAAAGCCCGUGUAAACAUGGAAUGUGUUUGUGCACCAAUAUUUGUGUGCGUUUCCUUGUGCGCAUUUCCGGUUUCCGCUUCCGCUGGCUCGCUCGCUAGCCAAGCGGGUGGCAAAAACUAUUAGCCACUUGGCGCUAAAUAACCACGCCCACGACCCACAGCACCCCCCCAUUCGAGGCAAAACACUAAGCAUCAAUUAACCCAAUUUUCAGAAUCCAUUUUCACCUGCAGUUAAGUUGGGAAAAGCUUUUGGCUUUUUCACAGUAUUUUUCUAGCUGCGUGUUCGCAGUACCUUUAUACAUAUGUAUGCAUGUUUUUUUUUCGAGAGAGAGAGAGAGAGUUUUUCCUUUACCUUUGCCCAAGCAAAUGCCCAAGUGACGGUGUCGAAACCAAGUUCCAACUCCCAAAGUCCCCCAAGCCGCCCACCUAAUCCCAUCGAAUAAUGCUGGCCUGGCCACUCUUGUCCAGACUUUUGUUGCCUUCUCUUCCACCAUUUCUUUCGCAGGCGUUGGCUCGAUUGUUGUAGUUUGGUUUGGUUUUGGAUCUGGAUUUGGAUCUGGAGUGGUCGUCGCUGGAGUGGAAGCUGCAAUAAUAAUUAAUCCAUUGAUUUUACAAUAUUUUUUUUCAGCUUUAAUAAUUUACCUUAAUAAAUAUGCAUUCUUUCGCAGCAUUUAACAAUGAAUAUUUAAACAAACAUAACCUUUUUUUGCAGCCCAUAUAGGUCUUUUUUUUAUUGUUUAUUUUGUAUAAUAGUUGCCUUUUUGGUGUGGAUCCAAUUACAAAUUGAUGAGCAGGUAAUGAACGCAAAAAAACAAAUAAGGACACAAUAUACAAAAAAAAAAAAAAAACGAUAAUUUUAAUUUGGAAACGCUACUUGUGUUGCCAACUUUGAUUUGCAUGUAAUGUCAUAAAUAAUUCAUUCGAACGCAUUCAACAUUUAUACAUAAUUCCAUCUGCCUCGUUUUGUUCUAGCUGUCGCUAUUAAUCAAAUUAUCCGUAUACUAUGUGCAUUUUUAACGGUCUGGUUUUUCUCUUCUCUCUUUUUUCUUUUUGUUGUUGUCAUAACGUUUAUGCAGCCGCCUGGAAAUUCGGUGUGACAGAGCAGAGAGCAGGCGGUCAUAAACUACUGCAGAAUGCGGGUGGCCAUAAGAACUGACGCUUGAUUGAUUCUCCCAGCCACGAGGGACACCUGGAACGCGCGAUGCCAGAUGUCAGGGAUAAUAAAUUUAGGUGACAACACUCGAGAGAUACAUUGUGUAUUGCUGGAAGUUUGGAAUCGUUUGAAAAAUAGGAGUUUGGAGAUUAAAAAGUUUGAAAUAAGUUUUUUAAUUAAUUAGAUUUUUGGUAAACUAAAAGUUAAAUCUAAAUUGUUACCCUAUCCUAAAUUAUAACUAAAUUAUAACUUCCCAUAAUGAUAAGUAAAAUGUUUAAAAAUAUAUAAGAAUUACUUUAAAUGUGACCAUGGUUUUCUGAAAUUACCAAUGUGACCUUUACUUUGUAUUUUUUCUAAAUUCGAUCUUUUGUAAUACAACUUUAAUAUAAAAUAUAUUAAAAACUAUUAAAAUUUAUAACUAACUUGAUAAAUGUUUACAAAUUAAUUUUAUAAGAACAUAAAAGACUGUUUAAUACCCUAUUAAAAACCCUCAAACUUUGUUAACUAACUUUAAGAUCUGUAAAUAAAAUCAAACUAAUUUAUAUAAAA